GAGUCAGAGCCCAGGAGGAGCAGAGGAGAGAAAGAAACUGAAAAAAAUUAAAUAAAUAAACGGAGGACCAUUUUCGAUUUGCUCAGUACUUCACAGAAGACAGAGAGAGUAAACCAGUAAUGGCAUUGUGGCUAUAAAUACAUCACCACCACUCUCUCUCUCUCUCUCUCUCUCUCUCUCUCUCUUUCAUUUUGUCCAUUUUCCUUCUCGUUUUUUGCGCCAAGUGAACACGGACGCCUCUCUCUCUCUUUUAUAUUGCUCUGAAUUCGAUGCUUUUACUUUAAUGGUGGAGGUGGAGGUGGAGGCACUCUGAGGGCUGUUGAAAAGGGCGAAAAGCGGCUAACGAAAACGUUUGGCUUUGAAAGAUAUUAGAUCCCUAUAGUUUUUUCCGGCUUCUCCAUUGUAGAGUUAUAUCACCAUGGGCAACCUUAAACUAGGGGUAGAUGUUGUAAGUGCUCACAACCUUUUGCCUAAAGAUGGUCAGGGUUCAUCUAGUGCCUUUGUGGAGCUUUAUUUUGAUGGGCAAAGGUUCCGAACUACCAUUAAAGAAAAGGAUCUUAAUCCUGUUUGGAAUGAAAGCUUCUAUUUCAACAUUUCUGAUCCUUCCAACCUUCACUUUCUCACUCUUGAUGCCUACAUCUACAAUAAUGUCAGAGCUACCAACUCCAGGUCAUUUCUGGGCAAGAUUAGUCUCACUGGGACUUCAUUUGUUCCGUACUCUGAUGCUCUUGUCUUGCAUUAUCCAUUAGAAAAGCGUGGCAUCUUUUCGCAUGUGAGAGGAGAGCUUGGCCUGAAGGUUUAUGUUACUGAUGACCCAUCCAUAAAGUCCUCCACUCCAAACCCUGCUGUUGAAUCACACCAAAAUAAGGAACCAAACACACUGCAUAUGCAAGGUCCAGCAGUUCCCAGCGCUGUCACAAACACUAAUAAGGCUGAGACAAGACAUACAUUUCAUCAUCUUCCUAAUCCCCAUCACCAUGAACAUAAGCAUCAUUCAUCACCUCUAGAAGUUUCUCAUCCUGAAACAAAGUAUGAGGUUAAUCAGAUGAAAGCUGAAUCCCAGCCGCCAAAGCUGGUCCGUGUGUACUCUGAAGCAUCAUCGCAACCUAUAGACUAUGCACUUAAAGAGACAAGCCCUUUCCUUGGAGGUGGAAGAGUUGUUGGUGGUCGUGUCAUUCAUGGAGACAAGACGGCAAGCACUUAUGAUCUUGUUGAAAGGAUGUAUUUUCUCUAUGUAAGGGUUGUCAAAGCUCGUGAACUUCCUGCUAUGGAUGUUACAGGGAGUAUUGAUCCAUUUGUGGAGGUGAAAAUUGGAAACUACAAAGGAAUUACAAAGCAUUUUGAGAAGAAGCAAAAUCCAGAAUGGAAUCAGGUGUUUGCCUUUUCAAAGGAUAGAAUGCAAGCAUCUGUUCUAGAAGUCGUGAUUAAGGACAAAGAUCUGGUAAAAGAUGAUUUUGUUGGGAUUGUAAGGUUUGACAUCAACGAGAUUCCGUUGCGAGUCCCACCAGAUAGCCCUCUGGCUCCAGAGUGGUACAGGCUUGAAGAUAAAAAAGGAGAAAAGAUUAAGGGUGAGCUGAUGCUUGCAGUCUGGGUUGGAACCCAAGCAGAUGAAGCUUUUUCUGAUGCAUGGCAUUCUGAUGCUGCCACACCUAUUGAUGGCUCACCAGCUGCCUCCACAGUGAUUCGUUCAAAGGUCUAUCAUGCACCAAGGUUGUGGUAUGUUCGUGUCAAUGUCAUUGAGGCACAAGAUCUAGUUCCAACUGAGAAAAAUCGUUUCCCAGAUGUGUAUGUUAAGGUUCAGAUAGGACACCAGAUUAUGAAAACAAAACCAGUUCAGGCUCGGACUCUGAAUGCUCUUUGGAAUGAAGAUAUUUUGUUUGUCGCUGCUGAACCUUUUGAAGAUCAUCUGGUCCUUUCAGUUGAGGAUCGUGUAGCUCCGGGCAAAGAUGAAAUCAUUGGUAGAGUUAUCAUACCAUUAAAUGCUGUAGACAGGCGUGCUGAUGAUCGCAUGAUACAUUCCCGUUGGUUUAACCUGGAAAAGCCAGUUGCUGUGGAUGUAGAUCAAUUGAAGAAGGAAAAAUUCUCUAGCCGGAUUCAUCUCCGAGUUUGUCUAGAUGGAGGAUACCAUGUUCUUGAUGAGUCAACCCAUUAUAGUAGUGAUCUUCGUCCCACAGCUAAACAGCUCUGGAAGCCAUCAAUAGGAGUUCUAGAACUUGGAAUCUUGAAUGCUGUAGGUCUCCAUCCAAUGAAAACACGCGAUGGAAGGGGAACAUCUGAUACAUACUGCGUAGCAAAGUAUGGUCACAAGUGGGUUCGAACACGCACACUUGUUGAUAACCUAAGUCCAAAAUACAAUGAGCAGUACACUUGGGAGGUUUUUGAUCCAGCAACGGUUCUUACUGUUGGUGUGUUUGACAACAGCCAAUUGGGGGAAAAGGGUCCAAAUGGUAACAAGGACAUAAAGAUUGGAAAGGUACGGAUUAGAAUCUCAACUCUUGAAACAGGCCGCAUAUAUACACACUCCUACCCGUUGUUGGUCCUCCAGCCUGCUGGUGUUAAGAAAAUGGGAGAACUGCAUUUGGCAAUACGGUUUUCGUGCACUUCCUUUGUGAACAUGCUUUAUAUAUACUCAAAACCACUGCUGCCAAAAAUGCACUAUGUAAGGCCUUUUAGUGUUAUGCAGCUUGACAUGCUACGACACCAAGCUGUCAACAUAGUGGCAGCAAGGUUAAGCAGAGCAGAGCCACCACUUCGGAAAGAAGUGGUGGAAUACAUGUCUGAUGUGGACUCUCACCUCUGGAGCAUGCGAAGGAGCAAGGCAAAUUUCUUUCGUCUAAUGACAGUUUUCUCUGGAUUAUUUGCUGUUGGGAAAUGGUUUGGGGAUAUAUGCAUGUGGAGAAAUCCUAUAACAACAGUGCUUGUCCAUGUUCUCUAUCUCAUGCUUGUUUGCUUUCCCGAACUAAUUCUGCCAACAGUUUUCCUCUAUAUGUUUCUAAUAGGGAUAUGGAAUUUCCGCUACCGGCCUAGAUAUCCUCCUCAUAUGAACACGAAAAUUUCACAAGCGGAGGCAGUUCAUCCAGAUGAGCUGGAUGAGGAAUUUGACACAUUCCCAACAACACGAAGUCCAGAGCUGGUGAGAAUGAGAUAUGAUAGGCUAAGGAGUGUGGCUGGUAGGAUUCAAACUGUGGUGGGUGAUAUAGCAACGCAAGGAGAGCGGAUUCAGGCACUGCUAAGCUGGAGAGAUCCACGUGCUACGGCCAUGUUUGUUACAUUCUGCCUCAUAGCAGCAUUAGUAAUGUACGUGACACCAUUCCAGAUAGUGGCAGCUUUGGCAGGGUUUUAUGUGAUGAGGCAUCCUAGGUUCCGCCAUAGGUUGCCAUCGGUGCCUAUCAACUUCUUUCGCCGACUGCCUGCUAGGACUGAUAGUAUGUUGUAGAUUGAAGAAGACAUGUUUUUGUUACUCCUUGUAAGUGCUUCAUUGCUCUUCUUGUAUCUUGCUUUCUAACUUGGGCUACAAGAUUGUAUUGUUCAUGAUGCCAAGCUACCAUAAAUAAUUUCCUACCUGGCUGUUUUAGCCCCAUGCCCAUGGAAGUGGAAGAGUAAGUGAUUGUCAGUUUGUUUCCAUUUCACAGCAGAAUAUUAACAUUUACUAUAUUUUAAAAAGCUUGCUUUCAUUCUGUAUUUUAGUGUCUCCUUGAAAGCUUUUUGGUUAGAUUUGUAUUUGGAUUUUCAUGUCAAAA